UAAUCGACAACUUUGAAAACAAAGUAUGAAUUAGCCACCUCAAAACCGUUUUGGUGAAAUUAUCCUGUGGAAUUAAGAAGGUGCUAUGUCAAACUUAGAGCUACCAAGCCGAAGCUUACCUGCUGUCAUAACUGAGGCAAUUGCAUGCGUUUCAUUGAACAUCACAAGCAUCAUUGGAAACAGUCUGGUUUGUAUAGCAGCAUACAGAAACACAAACCUGCGAUCAACCACAAACCUGUAUAUCAUUGCUUUAGCGGUCAGCGAUCUACUGUGUGGAACAGUAGACAUGACGUUAGCUUCUGCAACGCUGAUCAUCGGAAGAUGGGACUUUGGCGACGCUUUAUGCCAAUUUCAAGGCUUUUUUGAUAUGUUCGCCUUUCAGGUGACCCCAGCAACUCUUGGUCUGACAGCAAUUAACCGCUACGUGAAAAUUGUAAAGACAAGCCAUUACAAGAAGAUUUUUUCGCCCCGCAGAUCUAAGAUAUGGCUGAGUUGCUUGUGGCUUUCCCUUGCACUUUACCUGUUGAUUGCCCGUGCCACAAAUUGGGUUAAAAUCGAUUUUAUUCAAAGCUAUGCAGUGUGCUCCUUUAAUUACCCAACUAAUGAAAGUCAAAUCGUUCAUUAUUCCAUCACUGUCGGAUUACUUUUUGUUUUACCGUUGUGUGUCGGCAUUUUCACUUAUUAUAAGAUAUUUCUGAAAACCCAUGAGCAUCAACAGAAUGUAGUGCCAUCGCUACGGAACUGUACUGACAAUACUGCAGUAAGCAACACAGUGAAAGAAAUAAAGCUUACUCGAAUGUUGAUCCUUGUGGCAGCGGGAUUUUUGUGUUGCUGGAUACCAAUGUGGGCACUUGUCCUCUGGUUUCGCUUUUCCCCUGAAACCAGCUCAAGAAUUACAGCAUUGCUUGCCAUGUUUUUCUUUUAUCUGAGUGCUGUAAUAAAUCCCAUCAUUUACGCCUUUACAAAUGGCGAGUUCCGCAGGGAGUUUCGCAAACUGCUCUGUUGCCGCCGUGAAAGGUCAAGAAUUGUGCUAAAGAAAGCUGCUGCGUUUACUAGCAACGAUCUCGUCGAACGAGAGGAACAAGGAGCAAACUUUUAAGUCUAGUGAAUUUGUGUUAGUAAAACAUCCUCUUUUAAAAACAGGACGGAAAAGUUAUUCCAUUCUUUUUUAUCUUUUUUAUUACGGUUGCUUUUUGUCAUUGCUGUUUCUUGCUGUUG